CGACUCACUCCUUUGCCUCGAUAGCACUUCUUCGCUAACUCCUUGCGCCGACGAGCGCGCGAUUGCAGGAGGAGGAGGAAGUGAAAUCGUGAGAGGCAGUGGCAGCAAGAGCAGCUGAAGCGGUGGCGGUGACAUACGUCUCAAGCGGAGGCCGCGAGUUAGAACCAUUGGUUUCAACUGUCUGGAACUUCUGUCAGUUGCGCUAGACGCCAAGAUCUAGGUUUUAAUUGCCUCUUCGCUGUUCCAAUCAAGCAAACCAUUGGCGAAAGCUUGACGCGGCUGGGAUGCUUGAGCGAGGAAAUCACCAACAUCCUGAAAAGGCUAAACCAGAAGCAGUGCUAUCUCUAGCUCUCCCUUCCAUGCGAGCGCUGAUGGGAGGCAGUGCGGUUGGCAGGCGGAGCGACAAGAAGGCUGGUGACGGGAGGCGGUGCGGUUGGCAGGCCGUGGAGCCCGGCGAAGAUAGGUUGCGAUGGUGGUGUUCUGGUCCAUCAACGGCGAUGCAGGGCUGGAAGUAUAGCUGGUCGAAGAAUUACGGCGACGGUGAUGCAGUGGUCUGAACGGGAUCUGAGUACCUUGGCUAUAAUCUAUUAUCAUAUUGUACUAGAGCCGUCUAGAGGUCAUUCUUCUCACUUCGCUUAGUUAUUAUAGCUAUUUUAUUAUUUUAAUUAAUUAUAUAAAUGAGGUGGAAUUUGUUAAUGAUUAUAUUUUAUUAUUUUUAAUUGCCAUGUCAUUUAUUUAACAGUCAACUAUGAAAGUUGACUACCACAUAAGCAAAAGUUAACAGAGUUGGACGGAGAGUGACCAAAUUUGAACCAUUUAACUAAUUUUAGUGAUCACGAAUAGAAUUAAAUAUUUUUU